AACAGCCAAAAGAAAAGGGAAAAUGGCUCAUAAUUUGUGGUUUGCUGACGACGUUAUGGAGAGAGCUAUGAGAAGGAAAAGGGUUUUUAGGGACCGCAGUAACCUACUGGAAAUUUAUAAUAAUGAGGACUUCAUCAGUCGGUUUCGUUUGCCCAAAGAAGCUAUACUGAGUCUGACAGAUGAAUUUGCUGAAGUACUGAGCCCUGCCACUUCAAGAAGCCACAGUAUCCCAGCAGUGCUACAGGUUUGCACUGCUUUGAGAUUUUAUGCUACAGGAAGUUUUCUGAAUACUGUUGGUGACACAGUGGGUCUCAGCAAAGCUUCUGUGUCACGGGUGGUAUACAGGAUAUCAAGGGCACUUUCAAAUAAGAUCCCUCAGUUCCCAAACCAAAUGGCUAAGCUGAACAAACUCAAAAGAGGGUUCUUCAGCAUACCAAGAUUUCCCAAUGUUGUUGGAGCAAUUGAUGGGACACAUGUCAGAAUCCAGGCUCCACCUGCUCAUGAACAUUUGUUUGUCAAUAGAAAAGGACAUCACAGCCUAAACAUUCAGGCUGUUUGUGAUUCUGAUCUCCGGUUCCUCAACUGUGUGGCCCGCUGGCCUGGAUCACUUCAUGACUCUCGAAUUCUGCAAAAUUCUCAACUCUGUCUAGCAUUUGAGCAAGGCAUUAUCGAUGGGGUCCUGUUGGGGGACUCGGGCUACCCUCUAAAACCUUGGCUCCUUACUCCCUUCCUGAAUCCUACUACACUUGCACAGAGAAACUACAACACAGCACACUGUUCAACUCGUAACACUGUAGAGCGGGCAUUUGGUGUACUGAAGAGGCGUUUUCAUUGUCUACAUGGGGAAUUGCAAAUGGCACCUGACAGAGUGUGUAACAUCAUCUGUGCGACUGUAGUGCUGCAUAACAUAGCGAGGGAUCUCCGGCUACCUGAGCCUGAAGGUGAGGAUAUCAGAGAUGACAAUCUCAGUGAACUGGAGGACAGAGAAGAUUUAGAGGAGCAGAAUGGAACUGGUCGAUAUGUGCGUCAGAUGUACGUUGACAGGAUUUUCAAUGUCUGAAACAACAACAAAAAUCAUGUUGCCUGUCUUUACCUAUUGGGCUUAAAUGAGUAGCAAACAACUUAAUAAAUAUAUAAAUAUAUUUUUUUAAGGUUUCUCAAGUGACAUACUUUUCAUUCAAUAAAUUACACUACAUUCAAGUCUCAUUUCAUUCAUAUCAAAAUCCUCAAGGUUAUUAAAAGUACAACUUACUAUACAAACUGUA